AUGCCAUCCGUUAAAACUCAGUUUAGCCAGCUGGUGAGCAACUUCGAAUCUCAAAUCGCUUCUAGCGGUCUCAGACAAGACUCCCAAGAAUUCCAAGAGCUUUUGACAAAAAAUAUCGGGCAACUGCUGGAACUUAAAACGGUGGUGCACUCCAAAUUGGCACUUUUUAGCGAUAAUGAAGGGCUAGAAGACCUCAGCACAUCGUCCAUGCCGCUCCUGGCUAUCGACUUUCAUCUUGCCUGGCUCAUUUCAAAGAAACAGGCUUUCCAGCUUCAAGACGCCAGAGAUAAAAAUGUGGUACGGCUUAAGUUUCUGCGCAAAGCAGUGCAGUUAUACAUGCAGUUCCUGGUCUCGCUUCAAGGCUACAAGAUUCUCAACAAGGAAUUUUCCAAGAAACUGGACAGCAUGGAAAAUGUGUACGACCCGAAACUGGAGGACCUAUAUCCCCAGCCUACCAAUGCUGAAGACCUGUCGUCUGCACAUUUGAAAAGACAGCAAAAAAUUGAGGCUUACCAGCACGACAAGAGACUAGAGGCUCAAAUCAAAGCCUUGGAAUUCAGAAACAGUGCUGAACUUUCUGCAAACGAUGAUGAACUGGUCCGGGAAUUGCAAAAAACUCAGCUAGAACAGACAGCUUACAAGGCUGUCCACGAAAUAGAACAACUGCUUUAUGAGAUUGAACUACUGUCCAAUUUUGUGAAAAUACCAGAGUUGCCUUCCACCGACAGUGAUAGCGAGAAAAAGGAUCCAUUGCAAUAUACCGAGAAACUCGAGACUUUGAACACUCCAUUGAUAUCAAAGACCGGCAAAGUUCUUCGUAAUUUCACACUCGUAGACCAAAAAACCCAACUGAAGAACAAAGUUUUUGGUUUCGGUCAAUAUGGACCCACAAUGUCGGUUGAGGAAUUCCUUGAGCAAGAAUUCGAGAGUGGGCGCGUUCUUCAAGGUGGGGAAGAGCCAGUAUCCGAACCUGAUGAAGAUAACCAAGAAUGGCAAGACGAACAGACUUAUAAAGCUCGGGGAUGGGACGAGUUCAAAGAAACACACGCCAAGGGAAGCGGCAACACUAUGAAUCGUGGCUAG